ACUGUCACAUACGACCAUAGGACGUUGAAAACAAGGCUUCCCGUUCGCUCAGCCCUAUUUAAGCAACGUACCGGCGGAUUAGUAGUUAGGUGGGUGACCACUAGCGAAUACCCGCUGUUGUAUGUUUUUUGCUCUUUUGUGAGCUUUCUAUACUGCAAGCUUUUUGCGGCGAUUGCGAAUAUUGCAAUCACAGGAUUUAGAGGCUAA